AUGAACAAUCCAUCUAUUAUGUAAUUUACUUAAAAGGAAUCUGAAUUUUGUUGGUUAGUUGGUUUAAAAUCAAUAAGUACCAAAUAACCUAUGCUCACUAUGUGGUUGAAAAGUGAAUAGAGAAAAGUGGAUCCAUCAUUAUUAAAAAAUGAAUUUAUGAAAUAAUUCUAAUCAGGAUUUCUUCAUCUUAAUAGUAUAAUAACUGGAGACAGAAAUAAGAAUUCAUAAAUUAUAAAAGGAAUAUCUGAUAUUACUGUUAUGGCUAUAGUAAGAGUAAUAAGAGAAGAUGGAAUUAAAGAAUUUGAACAAAUUAGAAAUGACUUUUAAAAAUUGAUAACUAUUAUAACAUAUUUAAGUUUAACAAGAUCAGUAAUGAGUGAUGCAGUAAUGAAAUUUUUAAGCAAUUAAUAAAAUGAAAGUCAUUAAUAUCUUGAAAAUUUAUUAUCAACAUUAGCAAAAAUAGAAUAGAUGAAAAAUGUUAUGAACUCUAAUAAACAUGAUCCAAUUAAAGAUACAUAAUUAUAUAAACUGUUAUUUGGAAAAGGUUACAUUUAUGAUCCAUUUACAGCUAAUCAUCAAAAUAUAACUGUAAGCUAAUAGAUUCCUUAAAAUCAAUAGAUUAAUUAAUUAUCUAAUCAAGAAAAAUAGACAGCAUAAGUAUCACCAAUUAAAUAAGCACUAACACCUAUAUCUGAAUAAAAACAACAGUAAUAAUAGAUGAAUCAGUAAACAAUUCUUUAACAUUAACAAAUAAAUAAAUAAACUAGACCAUUAGUACAAGUAGAAGAUUUUAGUGAAGAUUCAGGUGAUUCUUCUGUAGAUCUUGGGAAUAAAUAUAUAGUAAAUGCUAAACCAUAGAAAUAAAUAAAUGGAUCUGAUAGUGAUUCAGAAAUAUAAGAGAUUCCUAAUUUUAAGAUUUGA